AUGCAGCCGGUUGCAGCCAAAUUGCCGCUCACCCACAGGACACCUUUUUCUGUGGAGGAUAUUUUGGAUCCCACAAAGUUUACAAGGAGAAUAAUCUGUGCUGAGGAUGCAGCAACAGCAGAUGAACCCAGAGAGCAGCAGCAUCCCCCGGCAGGUGAAAGCACCCCAGAGAAGAAGGCAGCUCAGAGCUCCAAGACGAAAAGCCGUCGGAUCCGCACCGCCUUCACCCUGGAGCAGCUGCAGAUCCUGGAGCGCAGCUUCCAGAGGUGCCACUACCUGUCGGUGCUGGAGCGGCACACCAUCGCCUCGGCCCUGCGCCUCUCCGAGACCCAGGUCAAGAUCUGGUUCCAGAACAGACGCACCAAGUGGAAGAAGGAGCAGCUGCAGGGGAAGGACGCAGAGAGGGAGCACGGCUUCUCUUCAUCACCCUCCUUCUCCUCACAUCCGGCUGUCUGCUCAUCUCUGACCUACAGCCCGCUGUACUGCCAGCCGCGCGCUCCGCUGCAGCUGUUUGCGCCACUGCCGUUGCUGCCUUAUCAUCAUUACUACACAUCAUGA